ACAAAGCCGUUUUUAACUUCGUUUACUUUUCACAUGGUAAUUGUUAAGCCCUGAAUUCCUAGUUUUUCCGUAUCUAAGGGUGUUCAAGACAUUUCUAAUUCUAGCGACGAAUCGUUAUUACUGGAAUAUAGGGUGUCAGUCAGAUAUCUUCAUCUACAGCGCUGCUUUUUGCCGUUGGUGCGUUCGCAGCAACAUUGACAUCCUUUUCCUGACAUUAGGCUCGUGUUUUGGUUGCAUUGUUUCGAUUGUCAUGUGAGAGAGGUUGGAAGAAUUUGAGAUUUUGUCAUGGACGUAACACAGACAGCCAGGCUGAGCACUUUCGCUUUGGUUAAUCCUUGCAAAGAAUAUGGUCGUGUCGAAUGCGUUUCUUCUCGGACCAAACUCUUCCACAGUGGGCCAGAAGAGGGUAGUGUGCUGAAAGCUGGUUGCAGAGGACGGAGUUGGUCGAGGAGAUUAGACGAUAAAUGUGGGUUCUUGAAACGAUCUACUGCUCUCCAUGUGGCUAGGGCAGGUCCAAAACAAGAUGGACCUUCAGGAGAUGGUCUUUCCUCCUCGAAGCCUAGUGUUGAGAAGAAUGGAAGUUCUUUUCAUCCAGAGGAAGUUAGUAGUGUAGAUCUCGAUAAGUCUGGAGGCACGAAGGGGGCUGUGAAUCCACUGGUGACAACAGCUGGGGCAUCGAAUUCAAGUGGCAGUCGGGCAGGUCUGUUUCGAACACCUAUCUCUGGUGGUGUGCAGAGUGCGACAUCUUCACAUGGGCUUCCUCAUCCUGCAAUUGCUGUACGCAAUCUCAUUGAACAGGCUCGUUUCGCACAUCUGUGUACAGUCAUGUCACGUAUGCACCAUCGUCGGCGAGGUUAUCCCUUUGGUUCACUGGUGGACUUUGCAACGGAUAACCGUGGACAUCCAAUCUUCUCAUUAUCACCGUUAGCAAUCCACACAAGAAAUCUGCUAGCAGAUCCAAGGUGCACUCUGGUAGUUCAGCAGAUUCCAGGAUGGAGUGGACUCGCAAAUGCAAGGGUUACAAUAUUUGGAGAUGUGUAUCCUCUUCCUCCUGAACAGCAGGAGCUUGCACAUAAAUAUUACCGUGCAAAGCAUCAGCAAGGAGCAUCCCAACAGUGGAGUAAUUUUACUUUUUAUCGCAUGGAAAACAUAAGUGAUAUCUACUUUGUGGGAGGAUUUGGUACUGUCCAAUGGGUAGAUGUGGAGGAAUACGACUUGGCUCGACCUGAUCUUAUUGCAGUCAAUGGGGCAGAGAAAACAUUACAGGAACUCAAUUUAAGAUUUUCAAAGAAGAUUAGGGAGCUUUUAGCCGUAGAAUCAGAGGUUGAUGAUGCUGCUUUGAUUUCAAUAGACAGCAAAGGUGUCGACGUUCGUGUCCGGCAAGGUGCACAGUUCAACGUAAGACGUAUGUCAUUUGACGAAGUUAAGGCUGUGGAGACUCUGGACCAAGCAAUUGUGGCUCUGCAGAAGAUUGUGGAUAGAGGAGUGCGGUUUCUACACUGAAACAUACCUCGUGGGAAUGAAUCGGCCAUUUAGCUACAUGAAUGCCACCAGCAACGACAACUUCAUGUUCUUGGAGCAGACUUAUGUGCUAUCAUGUUAUUUUUCUCAACCAGACAUGUUGCUUGCGAUUACUGCCUAGGUUUACAUGUACAUGAGUGACUACCUCCGACGUUUGGGCACAUAUUUCUAGCCAGCGUUGUUAACAUCGCAUUUUUUUCGCGAUGUAAACCCCUGAACAGUUGAUGAGAUGUAUGUCACGCCAACUACUUCUGCAAACAGUGAGCUCUCUAGAUCUAGUGUGCAGCGUGAAGCUGAGGUUUAUGCCUUUCCUAAGAAUUAGUGGGACCUUGCGAGGAAUAGCUUUUCAUGGCUGAAAGGAUUACAAUCAAGUUUUGAUGAUUUUACUAGCUACUUUCAUGUGUGCCAAUUUUGUGCACUCAAUCGCUGCAUGCUUUCUUA